AUCACAUCCCUUCAACCUUACGCCAAAGCUCCUCUUCUUUCUCUCUUUUGUCUCUUUCUAUCUUUCUCUUACACAUAUGCAAACACACGAGAUGGACGAUGUUUGUUCAACAGUCACUACCAAGAAGCUCUCAAGACUCGCGAAGCUAAUCCUCUUCACCAUCCAGAAGGUCUCAGACGCCUCACGUCACAAACUCCAAACAACCCUCGACCCACAACUACUCGCUAAACGUGGCAAGACCCUACGCAAAUCCUUAAACGAGGCCGUUUCAACUUCCCACUCCCACAUCACGUGCCGCCCUUCCGACCACGACGAUGUCCGAGCCUCCUUCAUCUCACCUGUUCCCAUCCAGCUCGACUACGAGUUUAGCUGCAGCAGCACCCCACCGAGACGUUCCUACGCCUCGUCUCGCAAACCACUUGUCAACAAACGCCAACGUCACGCGUAUAUGCGCUACAACACGUUCCCUAAGGUUCGAGAUGUCGUCAGGGAACGACGCGCGGCUGCGGCCGUGUUUCCCGACGUAGCUAGCAGCGUCGGAACCAUGGAUAGCUGCCACGUGGACAGAGCGGCUGAGGAGUUUAUACAGAGGUUCCAUAGAGAGCUGAGGCUGCAGAGGUGGAUGAUGGCUCAGGAGGUUUAAAACAUUUGAUUCAGCGUUACUUUCGUUACACCAAAAUAUAAAUCAUAUGAGAAAAAAAUACUGUAAUAUGUAACUUUUUUAAUUUCUCUCUGUAGUAGUAUAUAUUUCCUUAGUUUUCAGUUAUCAUUUGCUUUGUGUAAUCAAUGAAUCCAUGAUCGUGUUUAAUUUAGAUCUGCUUGGAACAAAAUUAUAGGAAAAUCAAUCUUCGAAUAGCUCUUUUUGUGUAUAUUGGCACAC